AUGUCUAGUUCAGAUUCUAAUCCAGUGCCAAGUACAGAUUCUCAAACAGGCAUUGAAUCAAUCAAAAUGGAACAAUUAGUUUCUGAAGCAGUUAAAAUAGGAGAGCUGACCAAAGAUUUUAACAAAUGGAAUGUCGAAAAAUGCAAAUCAUUAGGUUUUGUUGAAGACAAACCAACAAAAACAUCAGGUAAAAAAUUACUAACACAAAUGUUGCAUAACAAACCAAACGAAAAUCAAAAUCCUACAGAAAUUCCAAGUCAUAAAGAAAUUAUAGAACACUUAGAUGAAAGCAAAUUUAAGGAACUACUAUCAAAUUAUAAAAAGAAAACCAUUCAAAAAGAUAAUGAAGCAUUUAGAGAUUCUCUCGAAGCAGCAAUCAAAUCAAAUAAUUCGAAUAUCGAAAAAACAAUGGGUGAUAAAAAUAACUAUAAAAGUCAAGAAAACUUUGAUCCACAAAUCCAAGUUCUUAGGAAACCAGAUAUUUCAGAACCCAUUUCCGUCAUUAAGGACUUGGUAGCUUAA